AUGAAGGGAAUUCUGAUAUUCUUUGCCUUCUUUGUGGCAGGUCACUGCCGUCAGACCUUCAUAGGAGACCAGGUUCUGAGGGUCACGGUGGAAAACGAGGAGCAGCUGAGCAUUCUGGCCUCACUGGAGGAAGAUGAGCUCUUGCAGCUCGACUUCUGGCUUCAUCCCGUCUCCUCUGAUCUUCCGGUAGACAUCAGGGUGCCUUUCGCCAGUCUGCAAACUGUCAAAGUUUUCCUGGAAUCAAACGACGUCCCGUACUCUGUCAUGAUCAAAGACGUGCAGGAUCUUCUGGACGAGGAGGAGGCCGAGAUGGAGGAGGACCGCGUGAGGACGCGUGGGUUCAACUUUGGAGCGUACCACACUCUGGACACAAUCUACCAGUGGAUGAACACCCUGGUUGCUGACCAUCCAAGUCUGGUUACCAAAGUCCAGAUCGGUUCCUCUUAUGAGAACCGCCCCAUGUAUGUUCUCAAGUUCAGUACAGGCGGUGACAAUCGUCCAGCCAUCUGGAUCGACUCUGGGAUCCACUCCCGAGAGUGGGUCUCUCAGGCCACUGGGGUGUGGACUGCCAACAAGAUCGCCACAGACUACGGCCAGGACGCCUCCCUCACGGCUCUCCUGAACAAGAUGGACGUCUUCCUGCUGAUUGUGACCAACCCUGACGGCUAUGUGUACACCCACACCAGAAACCGCAUGUGGCGCAAAACCCGCUCCAGGAUCUCCGGAACCAGCUGCAUCGGAGUGGACCCCAACAGGAACUGGGACGCCGGCUUUGGCGGCCCUGGGGCCAGCCAAAACCCCUGCUCCGAUUCCUAUCACGGCCCCUCCGCCCACUCCGAGGUGGAGGUCCAGAACGUGGUGAACUUCGUCAAGGGCCACGGCAACGUCAAGUCCUUCAUCUCCAUCCACGCCUACUCCCAGCUCCUCAUGUACCCCUAUGGGUACUCCUGCAACGACGUUCCCGACGCUUCCGAACUGGAAUCAGUGAGUAAGUCAGCUGUCAAGGCUCUCAGCAGCCUCUAUGGAACCAGGUACAAGGUGGGGAGCAUCUGCAAGAUCAUCUAUCAAGCAAGUGGGGGCAGCAUCGAUUGGUCCUACAACCUCGGCAUCAAGUACUCCUUCGCCUUCGAACUCCGCGACACCGGUCGCUAUGGUUUCGUGUUGCCGGCCAAUCAGAUUAUCCCCACCGCUUCCGAGACGUGGUUGGCCCUGAAGUACAUCAUGGAGUACGUCCGCGAUAACCCUUAG